AUGCUUUCGCCGCAAUGCCGCAGCGCAGGCCGAUGGUAUCGGUUCCCCGGGGCGCCAAAUGUUGGCCAUGGAGUGCAGCAUUUCUCGAUAUCCCGUUCCUCAGCGAUCUUGGAACCGGGAACUUCACACGAUGACCUUCGCGGUUCCGACAUCUCGCAAUUUCCGACCCAAGAUUCCGAAAGCCCACACCCCGAAGAGUCGAGUUCCGCAACAGAUGAAUAUGCCAAUGCCGGGGAGAACUCAACUUCGAGAACUCGUCAAGUACGAAGAAAUGCGGCACCACUCCCACUCAUGUCGAAGACGGAAAUACGGAAGAUUAUCCAUGCGCAAGGUCUUGCUCCCAGUCUCGUGAAUCCUAUAUCUAGGAGAAUCAACAUCGCGAUUCAAAAACAGGGUAGACCGUUGACAAAGCGAUCACUAUAUCUCACAACUGUCAUGCGGCUCAACUCCAUAUAUACGCGCGAGCUGGGACUUCGCCAAUGGAAGCCCGCAUACGAAGCUAUCUACAAAGCUAAGGUUUAUGAACGCGAUGUCAUCAACAAGGCUGUCCUCCCGACGCUACGAGGGGAUGGAGAAGCACUGCUAGAAAUGGUACGCAGUGACUGCCAUGGCAAAUUCCGAGAAAAGUGGGAAGCUAUGACAAGACCUCAAAAGGCAUUUGCCUGGCAGCGCCUUGCCAUUUGGCUGUUGCAGAAUGACCCCAAACUGGCCUUGGAGUUUCUGCUUGUCACGACCGCGACUCAAGAAAAGCCGGACUUUACUCUGGUCGCUGAUUGUUUGAUGUACCUGGAUAGAUUCUAUUACGAGGACUGGCUCGAGGAUUGGCAGAGCGGUGACCACACAUACCAGUCGGUUAUUGAGACUUGCCUGAAUCCAAGGGAAUGGCCUAUCGUGCAACCGCCGCAUAAGGGAUUCCGGCUGUUUAUUCGCCGAGCCAGCGCCGACAGUGUCAAUGAGGCUUUUCGAGUGGUGAAGGAGAGAGGCAUCUUCAUGACGGCCGAAACAGCGCUUUGCUUUAUGAAUCGUUUCACGGAGCUGAAGGACACGCAACGGGCCUUGCAAUCCCUGCAAUUCCUUACCAAGAUCCAAGAUCCUGGAUUUGGUAUGAACUCUGAGGGUGUUUCACGACACUGCUGUAAACUCUUGACUCUUGACACUGUCGAGGAUAGGGACGGGGGACGUAAUUUCCGAAUUCUUCCCCAAUUGCUCAAGAUGGGCGUCAACCCUGAGCGGGACAUGAUGAACGUCGUGCUCGCCAAUGCUUAUAAGACUGGUGAUCCUCAGCUAGGAUCUGAUAUGCUUCAGUUCAUGAAGAAUCAUGGCCACGAUUUCGACUCGUAUACCUACUUGACUCUUCUCACCGAUGCAGUUUCUCGAGGUGACCGGGGUCGCGUCGACGAGCUUGUCCAGGAAGUUGAGAUGCAAGAAGAACUGCGAAAGAACCCAUACAUCUUCAGCAAAAUCUUCCAUGCCCACUACACUUUUACCGCCAAGCAUAUCGACCCUAAUACAGACCCCUCGGAGGUCUUCUACUCUAUGCUUGAAAUGUACAACAGACUCCACGACAUUACCCCCCUCAAAGAACUCCACAUGAUCCCUCCUCAAUACACCCAACCACCAACCCAAGCAAUCAGAGGCCCACCCUCCCCAGUAUCCCUGUUUCUAAUGAUCUCGACCUUCUUUCGCUGCAAGAACCGACAGAACCAUGCGCAUCGCAUGUACGAACAGUUUCGCACCCUCGCACAACAGGGCCACCCAUCCAUCGCCCCUUUAGUCGAGACCGACCACGUCUACAACGAGUUCCUCAUUGCUUUCCGCAGAGCAGACCGUGGACUGCGGGGUUGUGUCCGUCUCGUAGAGGACAUGCUUGACUCAUCAUCUAUGCCGAAGGAGACCACAGAUGGUAGACCUCUCCACCCCGUCCAGCCAACCCCCCGAACCUGGACGAUCCUCCUCAGCGCUUUCAACUACCACAACCGACCCGACGCAGCCGAAAAAGUCAAACAAAUGAUGGCAAAGCAUAACGUUGAAUAUAAUGAUGUUACCUGGAACACCAUCAUCAACGGGUAUGCGAAUGCGCAGAAUAUCCCUGAGACCGCUGCUGCUAUCAAGAUGAUGGAGCAGCAGGGUUUCGCCAUUGACCCUUACACUAUGAAGAGUCUACGCUAUCUGCGUGACCCUGAGCGUCUCUGGGUUUCCAUGGAGGAGUUAGAUGAUCAACACAUUCAGAAGGGUCUGGCGCCUACAGCGCUUACAUCCUCGGGUCCUACUUCUGAAAUUUACGUUGACACGGAGGAGCGUGAUCUGCUGAUUGAUCGUGGCUUGGAGAAGCUGAAGCCUAAGCUGUGA